UAUUUAGAAACUAAUUACUUUUUUAUGAUUAAGUUAUUGAUCAAAUUAUUUAUUGAUUUUGAUAAUAAAAAUUUAUCGAUGAAAAUAGUUAAAACUUAAAACGUCACCUGUCAAAUGAAAUAACCUAAAAAAAAUGAUUAAAUUAAUUCGUUUUUUGAAGCGUUUAAAAUCGAUAAAUCAUCGAUCGUUUUCGCAAGUGAUCGAAAAACCAGCCAUCGAACAACGUUCUUAUAUCAGGUUGAGUCCGGGUUAUUCCCAAAACCCCGAUUUAGCUUCGAAUGUGUUAAAAACGAUGACCGUACAUUACGAUUUUAUUACCGAGGAAGAAGAAAAAAGCAUUCUCGAUGAAAUAGAGCCGUACUUAAAACGAAUGCGUUAUCAAUUCGAUCAUUGGGACGAUGCAAUUCAUGGAUACAGAGAAACUGAACGGUUGAAAUGGAACGAAUCAAAUAAGGUUAUUAUUGAUAGAGUGAGGAAAAUAGCUUUCCCACCAGGUGUGGCCCAAUUAAAAUUGGUACAUAUUUUGGAUUUAGACAAAAAUGGGCAUAUAAAGCCACAUAUUGAUGCAGUUAGGUUUUGUGGGGACACAAUCGCUGGGUUAAGUCUCUUAACUGACAGUGUAAUGAGAUUAGUUCAUGAUAAAACCCCCGAAUUACAAGCUGAUGUUUUAUUAAAACGGAGAUCUUUGUAUAUUAUGACUGGGAGUGCUCGAUAUGAUUAUAAGCAUGAAAUUUUAAGCAACGAAUAUAGUAAAUUUGACAAUGAGGUGAUUUUUAAAGAUCGAAGGAUUUCCGUGAUAUGUAGAAAUGAGCCCAAUGAGAAAGAUAAAUCUUAAAUUAUAAGAUUAAAGAAAACAAUGAGUAUUAAUUGUAAAUAAUUAGAAUAUAAAUAUU